AUGAACCUCUCAGGCUCCUUCACCUCCUGCUAUGUCGCCACAGGCUCCUUCUCCCGCACGGCAGUGAACAUCCUAGCGGGGGCGCACACGGCGCUGACACAGAUCAUCCUCUCCUUCACCAUGCUUAUCGUGCUGCUUGCUGCUGCUCCCGCCUUCAAAUAUGUGCCCGCUUGUGUGGUGGGAGCAGUCAUCGCCAAUUCUGUGCUUAACCUGCUGGACUUUAAAGCCGCAUUUCAAAUCUGGAGGGUGAACACGCUCAACUUCAUACUCAUGCUCGCCUGCUUCCAUCGACCCUUGUCCCCUGGUUUCCCCUCCCACCUGUCCCCCUCCUCCCCCCCGUUCUCAGCUGGACUUCAAGGCAGCGUUUACGAUCUGGAGGCUCGACUUCAAGGCAGCGUUUACGAUCUGGAGGGUAGACAAGCUGGACUUCAUGGUCAUGCUCGGCUGCUUCCUCGGGAUCAUCUUCGGCUCGCCCGAGAUCGGCCUGCUAGUCGCCUCCGUCCUCUCUGUCCUCAAGCUCCUCCUCCGCAUUGUCCGCCCGCACAUCCGCCUGCUCGGGCUGCUCCCGGGCGGCGCCGCUACAGCCGUGAGCGUGCUACAGUUCCCCAACAGCACGCUGUGCGAGGGGAUCGUGAUGCUGAGGAUUGA